ACGCAGAUUCCGCAUGCCUCGGUCAAUCUGCUCGUCUCGAGCGGGACUCGCGUCGUCGGGGCAGAAGAACUUUCGAUACAAGGCGGGGGCGCCGGUCAUUAUGAGGACAUGCAUGUGUCCACGGCUGCUGCCUGGGUAGAGUCGGACCGGCGGAGCUGGAACCGGUGAUUCCGGUCCGGGCUGGCGACUCCUUGUCACUAAACCCGGGGUUACUUUAGCCGUACUCUAGCGGAAAGGGCCGUACAUGAGCCUGGGGAAGUUCCAGCGGAGGCUGGAAAUUUCGGGCGAAAUGAAAUUAAUGGAGGGAUUCAAACCGCCAUAAAAUAGUAAGAGCGUCGAGUAAUGGAGGAAAAGGCAAUAAAAGACGACAUGUGGAAGAGCACAACAACUUAGGCAGAGAUGGCUUUUAUUGUUGGCAAAGAGGGCCGUGAAUAAAGAAGGGGCGCCAACCCGGCCCAGCGGAACGAAGGACAAAUUUAAGGCAGUCGCGAGCGCGACGACUUUUUCAUUGAUGGGCGCCUGCCCGCGCCUCGAGCCGGGCGACGCGAGCGCGCGAGGCGAUGUGCGACGGGCGGGCGGGCGGGCGGGCGAUGGAUGCCCCGAUGGAUGGAUGGAAACCUCGACACCGCCAGCGGUCUGUUGCUCGCUCGGAGUAGGUGGCGCCCAUUAUGCCCCCUUUGACCCUGGCUCGAAGUCCACUCUCUCUUUCAACUCCAUUCUCUCGUGCUUGCCGAUGCCCACCCUCCCAUCAGUUCAAUGCCCGACAACAAUCAAUAACCUGCCGACUGUUCGCGUUGAUUGCCCUCUCUCUCAUGUGCUCCCCUGCCUCGCAUCGAUCGGCUGCCAUCGCCAUCGCUCUCUCCUUUCCAGCGAUUCGAUUCGUUCAGGCCGGUUCGGAUUUCUGUGCGGUUCCAUCUUGUUCUUCUUCUUCUCCCUCGGAGUCUAUCCGCUCCUUUCCCCACGUCCCGAACGAAGAGCUCUCAUGGCUUAAAAUAUAUUCCGUACCUGGGUCUCAUCCUGCGCAUCGUUUGGUCUUUCUAUUCUGGAAAAGGAGAGAGCCAUAGAAAGGGUUCUCUCCUCGAUCACAUGCACGGCUUAUCGAAUCCAUUUUCCCUUUGGGUUGGGCCGAGGUCGAUGUAAUAUACCAACCGAGAACGAAUUGCGAGUAGUUGUUGCAGUAACGAUAUGUAUCCUUGACAAUUUUCUUGUAAUGAACGUGG